AAAUCGCAUCUCUCGCACUCGCGCACGGAGACACUCUGCAACCUGAAUAUUCCUCCCACAAAAUCUGCACACAACUCUCUUUCUCUCUCUCUCUGACACUUGAUUCACUCUCGGCUCAAGAAUAUUACAUCGAAACAAGAUAAAAGCAUUUUUUUAGAGACCAAAACACAAGAAUCUCUCUGCUCUUAUGAUGUUGCAAAUUUCAUUUCCGCGUGGAUCGGGGAUUCAUUCCGAAGGCAAAUAGAAGCGAGAUCAUAACGAGGACAAAAAGAACCGAUUUUUAAUUAGGGUUUUGUUGGGGAUUGCAGACAUGAGGUUGAACGGAGAAAUCUCUCACCGAGACGGAGAAGGAGAAGGGGAGGAGGAAGCAGAGAACGAAGUAGGUUCGUCGCAGAAAGUUGUGGUCGGGUACGCCUUGACGUCCAAGAAGAAGAAGAGUUUUCUGCAGCCAAAGUUUCUUAGCUUUGCAAGGAAUAAGGGGAUAUUCUUUGUUGCCAUUGAUCUAAACAAGCCACUGUUAGAACAAGGUCCUUUUGAUGUUGUCUUGCAUAAGUUGUCAGGAAAAGAGUGGCGUGAGGUUAUUGAGGAAUACAGUGAAAAACAUCCUGAAGUAACCAUCCUUGAUCCUCCUGAUGCAAUUCAACAUUUACACAACCGGCAAUCCAUGCUACAAGAUGUGGCAGAUCUAAACUUAUCUGAUUGCUAUGGCAAGGUUGGAGUUCCCCGGCAAUUGUUUGUAACAAAAAAUCCAUCUACUAUCCCUUAUGAAAUCACUAAGGCUGGGAUGAAGUUACCAUUAGUUGCUAAACCACUAGUUGUGGAUGGGACUGCAAAGUCACAUGAACUGUUUCUUGCAUAUGAUGAAUUCUCUCUUUCAGAGCUUGAACCUCCACUUGUUCUGCAAGAGUUUGUCAAUCAUGGUGGACUUCUCUUCAAGAUUUAUAUUGUUGGGGAAACCAUUAAGGUUGUGAGGCGUUUUUCUCUGCCUAAUAUCAGUGAACAUGAGCUAUCUAAAGUGGAUGGUUUAUUCCGAUUUCCAAGAGUUUCAUGUGCAGCCGCGUCUGCUGAUGAAGCUGAUCUUGAUCCUACUAUUGCUGAGCAUCCACCAAGAUCUUUAUUAGAGAGGCUUGCAGGGGAGCUUCGACGACGUUUGGGACUCCACUUGUUCAACAUAGAUAUGAUACGGGAAUAUGGGACGAAGAAUGUGUUUUAUGUCAUUGAUAUCAAUUACUUUCCUGGUUAUGGAAAAAUGCCAGACUAUGAGCACGUAUUUACAGACUUCCUACUAAGCUUAGUCCAGAACAAGUUUAAGAAGAAACCUGACACCUGAGGAAUGACUGUUCUAUCCUUGCCAAUUGCGUUCUGCUUUUAACGUGUUUAUUUACGAACAAUCAAUCCUAUAUACAUACAUUAACACUUAAUCCUCGUGAAAAAUGUUCGAAUAGGGGUAUCAUAAUCUUGCCCCGCUAAUAUCUCUCGCUCUCUCUCUCUCUCGAGGCUAAACCAAUAAGCUUUCUCUCGUAUAUAGCAUUGUGAUUAGUGUUAUUCGGGUUCGUAAUUUGUUUGAUUCAUGUUAUUUGCCUUUCAAACCUAUUCCCGUUGAUAUUUAAAUUUUUGGAACAUGAAUGAUCGAUAUGCUCCAGUAACUGUUGAUUGCGUGUGAUGACUACAGCUUGCGAAUAUAAUCUCAUCUUUAUCAACCCAUCACAAUAUAUUCCACCGCAUCAACUCAAGUAUUCACCUAAAUUUACAUUAAAGCGCAAGGAAAAGAACAAAUUUGGACGCAGCAGAACUGUCCUACUAUAUAACAUAUUAACAUAAAUGCAAGUACUGUGCUCCAAGAAACAAAUGCAUUCAUACACCGUAGUUGCAGAAGUACGAUCGCAAACCCUAUUUCGCAUG